AAAACGCGAAGACGCUCGAUCAGAGUCUUCGCUUCAACCAUUCUCUCAGUUCUCUGCUUGACUUCUCCAACCCUAGCACGAACCACAGUCGAUCCCUCCUAGAAGGAAUGGCCAGAAGCCCUGGAGGAUUUCUGGUUGUUUUGAUUCUGACUAUAGCAAUCCACAAAGCUGCUUCCAUCUUAGACUCUCAUCAACCUGUCGCUUUAGAGCUCUUCUCACCAGUACAUGGAUCCUUUGGAAGCUUAGAAGAAUCGUAUGAUGCUCUACAAACAUUUCAGAUUCUUGGAAUUGAGAAAAAGCCUGAUAUAAGUGAUACUACUUGCACAUUGGUUUCGAAGACUCUUGGGUCAUCAUCUUCAAGUCUUAAGGAUUUAUUCUAUGCUUUGAAGGUUAAUGGAAUACUAAAAUGUGAUAUUGAUGAGGAAGUUUUUGAGGGAAUCAAGUCAAGACUUCAAUCUGUUUCCAAUGAUGCAAGUUCAUUGCUUGAUUUUUACUACUCAAUAGGAAGUUUGGCACUUAUCAAGGAGCAGGCUUCUAAAGUUGAUGUACUUCUCACUGAUGCUGAUGGAAUUUUUCAGUCCAUCAAGGCUCUCAGCCAAAGUGAUGGAAGGUGGCGCUAUAGUUCUAACAAUCCUGAGUCUAGUACUUAUGCUGCUGGAGUUGCAUUUGAGGCACUUGCCAGAGUUGUUGCUUUAGCAUCUCCUGAGAUUGAUCAAUCUAGGAUUAGCACGUUAGGAAAUGAUAUAGUGAAGCUCUUUGACAGCAUUGAGAAAUAUGAUGAUGGGGCAUUCUACUUUGAUGAGAAAAUUGUUGAUGCACGUGAACACCAUGGACCUCUUUCUACUACUGCUUCUGUAGUUCAAGGACUGACAGCAUUUGCAGAUGUUACUUCUGGAAGUUUAAAUAUUCCAGGGGACAAAAUAUUGGGUCUGGCAAAAUUCUUCCUCAGUGUUGGUAUUCCUGGUGAUGCUAAAGACUUUUUCAACCAAGUAUACUCAUUAGCUUGCUUGGAAAGCAAUAGGGUUUCAAUCCCACUGAUUUUAUCACUACCAGCAACAGUGCUUUCAUUGACCAAAAACGACCAACUCAAGGUUAGGGUGAACACCGUGUUGGGUUCCAGUGCUCCUCCUCUGACAGUAAAGCUCUUGCAAGCUUUCAGUUCUAGUUCAAAGAAUGCUUUUAUAAUAGAGAAUCAGGAACUCAAAUUUGACCCAGAAAAUGCAGUUCAUUUCUUGGAUGCUCUACCAGAGAAUGUUGAUGUUGGGAAUUAUGUGUUUGUUUUUGAGAUUCUGCUUCAUGAUCCAGAGCAUGAGAAAAUUUAUGCUACUGGAAGCCGAACUCGAGUACCAAUAAUUAUAACAGGAGUAAUCAAAGUUGACACUGCUGAGAUUGUUAUACUUGAUAGUGAUCUUGGGAGCGUGGAAACCAAGAGAAAGUUAGAUUUGGCUGGAGAAAAUGAUGUUUCCUUAUCAGCGAACCACCUUCAAAAGCUGCGUUUAUCUUUUCAAUUAGCCACCCCUCUUGGGCAUGCUUUUAAGCCACACCAGGCAUUCCUUAAGUUGAAGCAUGAGACUAAAGUUGAACAUGUUUUUGUGGUGGGAAGCUCUGGGAAAGAUUUUGCAAUAGUAUUAGAUUUCCUUGGACUAGUUGAAAAAUUUUUCUACCUCUCAGGCAGAUAUGAUAUUCAACUUACUGUUGGUGAUGCUGUCAUGGAAAACUCUUUCUUACAGGCCCUGGGCCAUGUUGAAUUAGAUCUACCAGAACCACCUGAGAAGGCACCACGCCCUCCUCCACAACCUGUUGAUUCUUACUUGAGAUACGGGCCUAAAGCUGAGAUAGCCCACAUCUUUAGGGCUCCAGAGAAGCUACCACAAGAACAGCUCUCGCUUGCCUUCUUGGGUCUCACCAUUCUGCCAUUAAUUGUAUUCUUGAUUGGGUUAUUACGUCUCGGUGUGAACCUGAAGAACUUCCCUACAUCGGUGGUUCCUGCUACAUUUGCCAUCCUCUUCCAUCUAGGCCUUGCCGCAGUUCUGUUGCUCUAUGUACUUUUCUGGUGGAAGUUGGACCUGUUCACAACAUUGAAAAUACUGGGCCUCUUGGGAGUGUUCCUGCUGUUUGUGGGACACAGGCUCCUUUCCCACCUCGCCUCAGCAUCAGCCAAGUUGAAAUCUGCCUAAGAAAAAGACAAAUGACGGGAAAUAUCCCCACUUCUCCAUGGGAAGCAGCAGUUGGACAUUUUUGAUUGAGUUUUGUAGAACUAAUUUUAAAUUAAGUUAUACUACAACUGCUUCUUUUAGGAAGUUUUCAGCGCACACAAUGAUAUUCGAAGAGAAAGUGAUGUUUGGUGUGUGUGGUGAGAUUAGAAUAGGGCAAGUUUUGUGGUAUCUUGAACUCGGAGGAAGAGUUGGGUUUAAUCCAUAAAUCAAAUUUCUUUGAAUUUGGGAAAGUGGAGAAGUCACAUAUGGUGCUGUAACUCACCGAAAUAAAUGCAUGGUUGAAAUUUAAAA